UACCUCACGGCCACCGUACAAUUGAAAAAAGGCAUCACUCCAAGAUGGCGUUGCGCACGGUGUGCACCGCUGUCCUGAGAAAUGGGACAGAUUUAGGGGUCAACAAUGCGAGGACAUUUGUCACAACAGCAUUCCUCUGUCGACGGACUCCUCCAUUGGGUCCAAUGCCAAAUGAGGAGAUUGAUGUUGAAAACCUGGAAUCAUUAGAGAAAUAUCGCAGCUACACUCGUUACUUCAGACAAGCUGAACAGGCGAAGAACAGCCCGGCCUGGUGGAGGACCUACAAAGGCUACGUGGAAAAAGCAAAUCCUGAGCAUGGCGCGGAGCCAGUGGACAUAGGACUGCCUUACUGUCGACCCUGCAGGACCAAAGAGGUGAAGGAGAGGAGGCAGGUGAUGAAGGAGAACAAGAAGAAUGCCGAGCUGGAGAGGACUUCUCGUCUGCGUACAUUUAAGAUUCCUCUGGAUCGAGUGCAGGAAACCUGGGAGAAGAGCAGCGGUCCAUUUCAUAUAAAGAGACUGGCUGAACACUACGGCGUCUUCAGAGAUCUCUUCCCCAUGGCCUAUUUUCUACCUCAAAUCUCACUGCGGAUCAGCUACAGCCAGGACAACAGUGGUCAAGUGCAUUAUGGGAAUCGGCUGACACCGACUGAAGCAGCGUCUGCCCCCCAGAUCAGCUUUGAUGCAGAGGAGGGCUCCCUGUGGACCCUUCUGCUCACCUGUCCAGAUGAGCAUCUUCUGGAUAAUGAGGCAGAAUACAUGCACUGGCUGGUGGGCAACAUACCAGGUGGAGCGGUGCAGGCUGGAGAGGAGCUGUGUAACUACCUGCCCCCCUUCCCCGCCAGAGGAACAGGCUUCCACCGCUACAUUUAUGUCCUCUUCAAACAGGAAGGACCCAUCAACUUCCAGGAGGAUGUUAGGCCAUCACCGUGCCAUUCACUGGUGGAUCGCACAUUUAAGACGUUGGAUUUCUACAGGAAGCACCAGGACAACAUGACACCUGCGGGCCUGGCGUUCUUCCAGUGCCAGUGGGAUGAGUCUGUCACCAACACUUUUCACAACACGCUCAACAUGAGGGAGCCGGUGUUUGAGUUUAUCCGGCCUCCGGUGUACCACCCUACGCAGGUCAAGUUCCCUAAUGGACAGCCCUUACGCUACCUGGACAGAUACAGAGAUGGAAAGGAGCACACCUAUGGCAUAUAUUGAUUAUAAGACACACUAGCAGAGUUGCAAAAAAUCUGUAACACAUUUUCUUGCAAAUGUGAAAUCAUGUUCAGCAUAUUUAUGUUAAAAUAAUAAAGAAUUUUUAGCAUUCA